AUGGGCGUACUUAACGUUGGAAUUGUUGGCACAGGAAUCUUUGCCAAGGAAUCGCAUCUUCCAGCAUACCAAGCGUUGCCGGAUAGUUUUCAGGUUAAGGCUGCUUUCAAUAGAACCAAAAGCAAGGCUGAGGCAUUUGCUGAAGAUGCCGGGAUCGCCAAGGACAAGGUUUUCGACAGUUUGGACGAGAUCUUGGCCGACGAUUCGGUCUCGAUGAUCGAUGCUCUACUUCCAGCACAGUUCAACGCCCAAACAGUGGAAAAGUGCAUAGCCGCAAGAAAACCGGUGAUUUUGGAAAAACCCAUUGCGGCAACCAUGGCAGAGGCAAAAAAGCUAGUUCAACUAGCAGAUUCGACCAUUUUGCCAAUUGCAAUUGCUGAAAACUGGCUUUUUUUGAAAGCCGGUGAUGCUCUUAAAGAGCAUUUGGCUGACAUUGGCCCACUCGUGGCGUUUACUUACAAUUCUACGGGCCCUUUUGUCAAGCACAACAAAUAUUUGGCCACUACGUGGAGACAAAAGCCCGAGCACAUUGGUGGGUUUUUGUCGGACGGUGGUGUGCACCAAUUGGCGCUUCUGACCGAUGUUUUGGGCGAGGUGGAGUCUGUGAGUGCCUUUACCAAGCAGGUUCGCAAAGAGUCUGGAACCGACGACGUGGCGUUCUCCACCAUGAAAAUGAAGGAAAACGAAUUGAUUGGUACCUUCACUUACGGCUCUGCUUUUGGAUCUUGCGAAAAAUCGGUAUAUUUCAAGGUUUACGGCCUGAACGGAGCUGUCACACUCAACCUUUCAGACAAGAAAAAGCCAUUUAUCACGAAAACCGUCGGAGACUCAGCAGAAGCUGACGCAGAAACGCAGACGAUUCCAAUUGAUGAACAUCCAUCAUUCGGAAUUCAAGAAGAGUUUUUGAAUUUCCACGAGGCUAUCGUCAAGAAGGAAAAGCGCGUCGUUAGAGGCACGCCAAGAGUGGCUUUCCAUCAUUUGGCUUGUGUUGCUGCCGUUCUUGACUCUUCGGCGAAAAACGGAGCCAACGUUACUGUCGAGCAGCCAUGA